UCUCAGUCAGUGUCAUUCUGUCGUGGAGAUGUGGAGUAUCUUUCUGUUUCUCUGUCUGUUUUUCCAGCCUAAUUCAGCUGAGGAAGUGAUGCUGCUGGACACAACAGAGUCUACCUCAGAGCUGGGCUGGACCACCUAUCCGGACACAGGGUGGGAUGAGGUGAGUGUGCUGGACGACCGAGGGAAGCUCAUCCGGACCUUCGAGGUGUGCAACGUCAACCAGAACCCUCGGCUUCAGGACAACUGGUUGGCAACGCCUUUCCUGCUCCGCCACUCUGCUCCGCGGGUCUUCAUCACCAUGAGAUUCUCUGUGCGCGACUGCGCCAGCCUGCGCUCACCCUCACCCACCUGUAAAGAGACGCUCACACUCUACUACAAGCAAGCGGAUUCCCAGAGGGAGCUGCAGAGGACAUGGACGGCUGAGCCAUCAAGUGGGGACAAGGAGACCCGAGAGGGCUGGGUCAAGAUUGACACCAUAGCUGCAGACAAGAGUUUCUCUAAAGUGGAACCCAGUUCCCCUCACCAGUACCAACCCAACCGCUACAGCAGAAUCAACAUCAAGACCCGCAGCUUUGCUCCUCUCACCCGCAAUGGAUUUGUCCUCGCCAUCGUCGACAGUGGAGCCUGUGUUUCCCUUAUGGGGGUCUCCAUCUUUUACCGCCGCUGUCCCGCUACAAGCCAGCACUUGGCAUCCUACCCUCCGACUCCCUCGGGGGCAGAGCCGACUGCUCUGGUGCCAGUGAAUGGGAUCUGCGUCCCCCACAGUAAGGCUCAAGGAGGAACGGUUCCUCGCAUGCAUUGCAAUGCCGAAGGCGAGUGGAUGGUCCCAGUGGGAGGUUGUGUCUGUGAUGACGGCUACGAACCAAAUGUUAACGGAUCAGUGUGUCUGGCUUGUCCGGUGGGAUACUUCAAGUCUGAGUCUGGGUCUGCACCCUGCACAGUCUGCCCGGCGAACAGCAGGACGAGCCGAGAGGGGUCAAGUGUGUGUGAAUGUCGCAGCAGCUUCUACCGGGCGGCCAACGACGCCAACGCUUCCGACUGCACAACUCCUCCGUCCGCUCCUGUCUCGCUCACCUGGGAGUACGAGAGCGGUGACGGCGGCGUGUCGCUGAGGUGGCGCCCCCCGGUGGACAUGGGAGGCCGCAGCGAGGUGUGGUACGGCGUGGUCUGCCGCAUCUGUCCGUCGGCCACCGUCACCAACCCUGCGUCCUGCUCCUGGUGCGGGGAAGGGGUCACCUUCAGCCCCUCGCAGACCAACCUGAAACAGACCCGAGUCACGCUCAACAACCUGCUGACCCGCGUCACCUAUCUCAUACAGGUCCAAGCCAUGAAUGAAGUGUCCGCGCUGAGCCCUUUCCCUGCUCGGUACACCAGCAUCAACUUCACCACCAGCCAGUCAGUUCCAAGUACAGUUCCCAUGAUGCACCAGCUGAGCCGUGCUCCAGAUUCCAUCACGCUGUCGUGGCCUCAGCCUGACAGGCCGAACGGGGACAUCCUGGAGUACCAGCUGCGAUACUACGACAAAGGUUCAGACGUGGACACAGCGGGGAGCGUGUUCAGCGAGACCAACACGAUGACGGUCAAUAAUCUCAUCCCAGGAGCCAUAUAUGCCUUCCAGAUUAGAGCCAGGAACGAACGAGGAUUCGGGCCCUACAGUAACACGGUUUACUUCAACACGCUGCCACUAGAGGAACACUCACACCAGAUCCAGAAUCGGCUCCCUCUGUUGGUCGGCUCCGUGAUGGGCGGUGCUGCGUUUCUCCUUGUUGUGGCGGCAAUUGUGGUGGUGGUGGUUUAUCGGAGCAAGAGAAGAGAAAGUCCGUACAGCGACCGACUGCAGAGGUACAUCAGUAACAGAGGUGGAGUGAAGUAUUAUGUGGAUCCAUCCACCUACGAAGACCCGAGUGAGGCUGUCAAAGAGUUCGCUCGAGAGAUUGACCCCACUCACAUGAAGAUUGAGGAGGUGAUCGGAGCAGCCCAGUUUGGGGAAGUUUCUCGGGGACGGUAUCGUCCCGUGGGUCGCAGGGAGGUGCUGGUGGCGGUGAAGACUCUGCGCUGGGGGGCGUCCAGCAGAGAAAGAGGGAUGUUCCUGAGUGAGGCAGGAGUCUUGGGGCAGUUCGACCACCCCAACGUGCUGAAGCUGGAGGGCGUGAUCACCCGCACCCCUCCUGAAAGAAUCAUCACCGAGUUCAUGGAGAACGGACCCCUGGACACGUUCCUCCGGGAGAACGAGGGACAGUUUAGCGUCCUGCAGCUGGUGGGGAUGCUCAGAGGUGUGGGAGCAGGGAUGCGCUAUCUGGCAGAGAGGAACUUUGUCCACCGGGAUCUGGCUGCCCGGAACGUUCUGGUCAACUCCAACCUCGUGUGUAAAGUGUCGGAUUUUGGCCUGUCGAGACUCAUGAGGGGUCUGGACCACAACGUCCCCACGUACACGGCGUCACUGGUGCGACAACACCGGACCGGUCUGGUUCAGCUUUGUGUGUCUGACUUCUCUGGUUUCUCUCCCCAGGGCAGCAAGAUUCCUGUGAGGUGGACCGCCCCCGAAGCUUUUCAGCACCGCAAGUUCAGCUCCGCCAGCGACGUCUGGAGUUUUGGCAUUCUGAUGUGGGAAGUGAUGUCGUAUGGAGAGCGUCCAUAUUGGGACAUGAGCAACCAGGAAGUGAUGAAGGCGGUGUCAGACCAGUACCGCCUGCCUGCGCCCCACAACUGCCCCUCUGCCCUUCACUCCCUGAUGCUCCAGUGCUGGCAGGGCGACCGAGGAGACCGGCCGGGCUUCGACUCUCUCCUGUCCUCCCUGGACCGGCUCAUCAGACACCCAGCUACGUUGAAGUCAGAACCAACACGCAGCUGCUCUCAGCCCCUGCUCAGCCCCACCCCCACGGACCUGUCCUCCGUGGCGACCGUGGGUGACUGGCUGAGGGCACUGAGGAUGGAGCGGUAUCAGGACCAGUUUGACAGAGCUCAUCUGGACACGUUGGAUAGAGUCAGCAAGCUCACCAUAGACGACAUCCAGAAUCUGGGUGUGAACUUGUUAGGGCAUCAGAGGAAGAUUGCCAACGCUGCUCAGCAGCUUAAAGCUCACCUGAUGCAGGGCCAGGUGGAGGUGUGACAUGCUGCUCCCUCCACCCUCACAGCUGCAGGUCGCAGUCCAUAUCAUCACAUCCCAACAAGCCUCCAUUCCAUCCGGAGGGGUUUAUGAACCAGACUCCUCGAGCGGACGCUGUUAUAAAGAUCAGACUUUCACUGGCAGAGUUGCACUGUGGGAGUCCACUUUGAGGUGCGGUUUCCAUGGAGACGAAGGGGGAUUUCAGAAGAGUCCUGGACGUUUUUCACUAGAUUUCACUUUGUUGUCGGCGGCACGCCUCAGCCUUCCUGGCGCUUCCCUCCUCUCUUCCAUAUUCUCACGUCUGCUUCGUGUCACUUGUUCCGCGACUUCCCCUUAAACGUCCUGUUUUAUUUAUGUUUGUCGA